UUAGGGCUUCAAGUAAAGCUAUCUUUUCAGAAGUUUCCGUCACGUGGUGCUCUACUAUGGCAUGUCAUGGAGAAGCAUUCAAACGAGAAGCUGCUACGAUGCAGUCAAUGCGGCAUACGCUUCGGGGAUCGGGACCAGGUCUGUCAAGGUUACAGCACGUUGCCAGCUCUACCAUUUCAAUCCCUUUUCAGAUUCGCGAACAUGACUGCUCAUCGGCCCUUCCUCGAGCUUCCUCAGCGGGUUGUAGCCGAUCGUCCACUGCUGCUUCUAUGGAGACAGUUUCGAAUAGAGCCUCUAGAGGGAGCUUUUGUCAAAAAACGAAUAAUUUCAGUCUUCAUGCGACCACCGUUCGAGCCGCGCCCGGACAUAUUCGGUCAACGACCCGAUGUAGGCACGGAAGAUGAUUGGGAAGCACUUAUGGAGAUCUCAACAAGUGAUGAAGCCGAGAAGAUCCGAGCCCUGGUUGGGGACAAGGCUAUGCCAACAACUGAUCCCAACCAGUGCAUCCUGUGCAGAAGAGUGCUCUCGUGCAAAAGCGCCCUGCAAAUGCACUAUCGCACCCAUACCGGUGAACGUCCGUUUAAAUGCAAAAUUUGUCAGCGAGCUUUUACGACAAAAGGCAAUUUGAAGACACACAUGGGCGUGCAUCGAGCAAAGCAUUCAUUCCGUGGUGUCCCAAUCGGCAUGGGAGGACCGAUGGGUAGUCCAAUGGCUGCUCCGAUGACUGGACUCAAUGGAUUUCCACCUCCGUUACAACAAACGCAACAGUGCCCCAUCUGUCAGAAGAGACCGUUCCCGUCACCGUUUCCGCCGCUGUUUCCAUUUUUCAAUCCGGCAGCGCAGAAUGGCACACCUGCUCCGUUCAACCUUGCGCAGCUACUCGGAAAUCAGCUCGAUCAGAACACGGAUGGCUCGUCGAUGGGACGGUCAGUGGACUCGGAUGCGGAUGACCGCAAACCGCAGCAACCUCCCGAGACGUCCUCCCUAUCUUCUUCUGAGCAACCGGUAAGUUCUACCUGCCAAAGUCCCUCUGGUUUCCAUCCCAUUCUGAAGGCUCAAAUUUUUCAUACACCGAACUUGCCAGUAGAUAACCCAUUGGAGGCAAUGCAGAAGAUGUGGGCGGAGACAGAACCGCCUCCACCUCGACAGCUGCCAGUUUUGUCGAAACAUCAAUGUGCCGUCUGUUUCAAACAUUUUAGCUCCAGUUCAGCCCUACAAAUUCAUAUGAGGACCCAUACGGGUGACAAGCCGUUCAAAUGUGAAAUGUGUGGUCGGGCGUUCACUACAAGAGGAAACCUGAAGGUUCACAUGGGUACCCACAUGUGGCAGCAAAGUCCCAGUCGAAGAGGUCGCCGAAUAUUCGAUGCCACUUCGGCUGAAGAGGCAGGUCCCCGCCCAGGUUCGCUGCCUGGCGGUGCCACACUUCCCAUGCCUCCACCACUUGGUCUUUUCGGGCCGACCAACAUGGAGAUGAUGAUGAUGCUGUGGCGAACGGUAUGCUCUGUUUGUCAAAAGGUUUGUGCAUCGCCAAGCGAGUUGGAGCAGCAUCUCAAGGAUCAUCUGAACGGUUCACUCAGCCUUCGAGAGAACACUACUCCUCAAACGAUAUCUUCUGAUUAG